AUGACUGCUCCUGACUGGAAAACCUUCCCUGCUGAAAUUCAGGAAAAGCUGUAUCAGAAUAUUCCGGAAGAAUGGAGAGACAAGACUCUGAAGGACAAGAUGCUAGCUGAAGGCUUCAUCAAUGCCAAAGAGUUUAUAGACACCCUCGUUCCUGACUCUGAGAAAAAAAUUACUUCAUUGGAUGCCCCUACUCUUGCCAAGGUGAUUGCUUCUCGCGAAUUGACCUCAUAUGAAGUUGCCAAGGCCUUUUUCCAUAGAGCUGCUCUUGCGCAGCAACUGACCAACUGUGUUAUUGAAAGUUGGUAUCCUGCAGCGCUCGCCAAAGCCAAAGAAUUGGACAAAAUUUUGGAGGAAACCGGAAAAGUGGUUGGUCCUUUACAUGGUGUUCCUAUCUCAUUAAAGGAUCAAGUCGAUAUUGCGGGUUUUGACUCCUCAAUUGGUUACAUCGGAACCUAUAACCACCCAAAAUCUGAGAAUGCUCUGUUAGCUACCAUUCUGGAGAAUGCAGGUGCAGUCACUUAUGUUAAGACUACGGUACCAAUGGCAAUGAUGGCACCUGAGACUGUGUCUAAUAUUCAUGGGUACACCUCUAAUUCACUCAAUAUCAACCUGACAUCCGGAGGUUCGUCUGGUGGUGAGGGUUCCUUGAUUGGAGCUCAAGGCUCUCCAUUAGGGGUUGGUACAGAUAUUGGAGGGUCUAUCCGUAUUCCCUCUGCCUUUCAAGGCUUGUAUGGUCUGAGACCUUCGCAUGGCCGUGUUCCAUACUUGAGAGUCACAAAUUCGUACUCCGGUCAAGACACCAUGCCAUCUGUGAUUGGUCCGCUGUCGCCUUCUUUAGAGGGUAUUGAGCUAUUUAUGCAAACAGUUGUUGGUGCAGAGCCUUGGAGACAAGACCACAAGGUUGUGCCAAUUCCAUGGAGAGAUGCUUCUGAGUUCAAAACCAGAAAGUUGACCAUUGGUGUCAUGGCUUACGAUGGAUGCAUUAUGCCCAAUCCGCCUGUGCUGAGAGCUGUUGACGAAUGCGUUGCUGCUCUGAAGCGUGCCGGUCACGAGGUAAUUGAGUGGAAAUUUGAGGAACAAGCAGAAUUCUCAGAUGUUGGUGGGAAGAUUUUUGCUGCAGAUCUAGGUCAGGAGAUCAGAGAUACAUGUGCUAUUUCUGGUGAGCCUGUGGUCCCUGUCGUUGAGUACUUGGUUGACGAAAGUACUUUCCCCGAAAUCCUCAACGUAAAUCAAUGGUGGGAUCUAUGCAACAAGAAAUACGAAUUGCAAACCAAGUUCUUAGCUGCUUGGGCAGAAUCUGCUUCUAAGACUGCGAGUGGUCGGGAAAUUGAUGCAAUUAUCUGUCCAGUCUGGGCCACUCCUCCCUUUGAGAAGAACAAAUUUGAAUCGGCCGUUUUGGGUUACAGUGUCCCAUUCAAUGUUGUGGACUCCUCUGUGGUAAUUGUACCUGUUACCAAGGUUGACAAGCUAAUUGAUCUAAAGGACGAAACCUACACGCCAAAAAACGCGAAAGACCAACAGGUGUACGACUCCUAUAACCCCGAAGUGUACCACGGCAUUCCCAUCUGUGUUCAGGUAGCCUGCAAGAGAUUGGAAGAGGAAAAAGCCAUUGCUAUUGCCUCUGUCUUGGCCGAUUCCCUGAAAUAG